UUACGGUUAGUAAAGGUGUGUUUCUAAGAGAGUGGUGCAAACGCAGGAAAUAAAUGUGUUGAGAAACGCUAAUGGCUUUGGAAAGGAGGAAAAAUGGAUUUGUCCAGAAGUCAUCAAAUGGGUUUAUUUAUCCUAAAAAUUCCCCUAAAAGGAUAAAGCUGGAUGACAAAAGUUUUGAACAUUUUGAAGAAACACCUCUUUAUGUUGCCAUUCUUACAUACCUAUGUUAUGCAGUUUUGACAAUCUUUGGUCACAUACGAGAUUUUAUGCGGAGAAAUGGACUUGUAGAAAGCCAUUCAGCCAUGGAAAAAGAUAGAAAGGGAUAUGUACCACUUUACCAUAGUUUUGAAAGCUUCUACACAAGAAACAUCUAUAGACGUAUAUGUGACUGUUGGAAUCAGCCAAUUGGAAGUGUUCCUGGAGCUUUCAUUGAUGUCAAACAACGGGUGUCCACUGACAAGAAUUGGCACUUUAAAAUGACAGGGGAAUCUAUUAGAGUUCUAAACAUGGGCUCCUAUAACUACUUAGGGUUUGCACAAACUGAUGGCCCAUGUGCUGAUGCCGUAGAGGAGAGCAUUCAUCACUAUGGUGUUGGAGUUGGGAGCACUUGUCAUGAACUAGGUACCUUGGAUGUUCAUAUUGAGCUUCAAGCUCUGGUGGCUGAAUUUCUUGGUGUAGAAGACAGCAUUGUUUUUGGAAUGGGUUUUGCUACAAAUUCCACCAAUAUUCCCACACUUGUCAAGAAAGGGUGUUUAAUUUUCAGUGAUGAACUUAACCAUGCCUCACUGGUACUAGGAUGCCGACUAUCUGGAGCAGUUAUUCAAGUCGUCAAGCAUAAUGAUCCAAUAGAUCUGGAAAAGAAAAUUAGAGAAGCAAUAAUUUCAGGUCAACCAACAACCCACCUACCAUGGAAAAAGAUUAUAAUUGUUGUGGAAGGAGUUUACAGUAUGGAAGGGUCUAUUGCUAAGUUACCAGAAAUCAUUAGAAUCAAGAAGAAAUAUAAUGCAUACCUGUACCUGGAUGAAGCACACAGUAUUGGAGCAUUAGGACCAAAUGGAAGAGGCGUUGUUGACUUUUAUGGUUGUGAUCCAAGAGACAUAGAUCUACUCAUGGGAACGUUUACUAAGAGUUUUGGAGCAGCUGGAGGAUAUAUUGCAGGUAGCAAGAAACUGAUUCAUCACAUCAGGAUCCAUUCCCAUAGUGCAGUGUAUGCCAACAGUAUUGCAGCACCUAUAGCACAACAGAUUGUUAGCGCUAUGGAAAUCAUCAUGGGGAAAGAUGGAACUGGUAUAGGACAGAAAAAGAUCCAGCAGUUGGCAUGGAACACCCGUUAUGUGCAUGAUAACUUGAGGAAAAUGGGGUUCAUUGUUUAUGGUCAUGAUUACUCACCUGUUGUUCCAGUUCUUUUAUAUGUACCAACAAAAAUUGCAGCUUUUCAACGUAUUCUUAUGGAACGAGGGGUUGCCACAGUGGUAGUAGGUUUCCCUGCCACACCUUUGGUAGAAUCCAGGGCUCGAUUCUGCAUGUCUGCAGCACAUACAAAGGAAAUGUUGGAUGAGGCCUUAAAAGUGAUAGAUGAAGUAGGAGACAUUAUCGGUGUGAAGUACCUUCAACACAAGAUGAACAAGUCGUAAGACCAGACAUUUUAAAGAGUAGUUUGUAAUGUUUUAGGGAAUCAACUGUGUUAUAUAUUUGUUUUUAUAUCUGUAUGCAUUCCUGUCAUUUUGUUUCAUUUUUAAACUGGAGAAAAACAUUAUUUUAACUUAUUAAAUGAUAACAAUUAAUUUUAUUUAUUCUUCUAAAUAGCCAUUUUCAGAUUUUUUGUGUUCAAUUUUUCUUAGUUACAAUUCUCAGUAAGCAUUUAUGUGAUACACUGAUUUUUUUUCUUACUUAUAGAGCUAACUGACUAUUCAUUGCAAAAAAAAGUGGUAACAAUACUUAAAUGUUUGAACAAAAUUUAUGUUUCGUUCAAGUCCCAUGAAUUCAAAUAUGUAACUCUCCUUCUGUAUGAAUAUUGAGCUUAAUUUAGUUUUAACUAGUUCUACCUUGUAGAUGGAUAUAUAUAUAUACAGAUAUAAAACCUCAUUGAAAGAUCAAAGAGAGAAAUAAAAAUAUUUUCUUAAUAUUAAAGAGACCAAUUCUCAGGAUUUUAUGAUUUAAAGGUAAGCCAUGCUCUGGUCUUGCUACAAACCUUUUAAGAGUGUAAGUUGAUAAAUUUCAUUUGUUUUUGUUCUUAUGAAAUAAUGUUUCUGAAAUUUUGAAUUAUUUUUUAUAUGACUUUAUGUAAUGAUUAUAAAAAGUUCACAAAAUAAAUCAUACAUCCCUCUACAUUUUUUUCUAAUUUCAAACUUUGCUAGGUUAAUUUUUAUUUUGUCAGAACAGUUAUUUUGUCUCCUUCUGUUGUUAUUUAUGUCUCUUUUGACUGCGUUAUUACUUUUGUUCUUUUCGUUGUCAUCUUUAACAGUAGAUUCAGGUAUUGUAAUCAGCUAAAUAUGCCAGUGUGCCUACUUAAACUUUAGAAAGGUUUUUUGUGAUACUUUGUUACAAAAUGGUUUAAUUAUAGAAAUAUAGAAAACUGAUCUUCAAAUACAAAUGAAGAAUAUGCUCUUGAUGAAUUUAUUGAUUUGUUACAGCUAAACAUAUAACAAAUCAAGUGUUUGUGUGUUGAUAAUAGCUAUAAAUUAAGAGAAUAGUGACAGUUUGUGUGUUUGCUUUUAUGAGAGAGAAAUUUAAAUACAAGUAUAAUAAUCAAGUUUGUAUUCUAAGUGGUCCAAGUAGUGAAUUAUUAAUAAACUUGAAUAUUUUACUUUGA